AUGCGCAUCCACGAGAGCGGAAUUGACCGCAGCCUUGACACACCCACCCCGCCGAGCCCCACUCCCAAUCCAUCACCCUGUGCACUCACUAACCACUCCCCAGCCGACAUCGACCCCACUGACCUUACCACCCCUCACUUCUCCCCUUGCUCCUCCCCUUCCUCCUUCACUGCCACAACGACGGCCACUCCGGCGUCUGUAGCGCAUGACUUCAUAGCAGCCGCACCUGACACGACAACAGGCACAACCCCUGCAACCUCCAUCAUCAGACGUGAGGGGCAGGACUACAUCUGCCCUCACUGCGAUCGCACCUUCACUUCACGCAUCGGCCUGGUCGGUCACUUGCGAAUCCAUCGCACAGAGACUGGCGAACCAGUGCCUGGAGCACCAACCUACACCCACCGCACUCGCCUCCACUGA